AAAAUAACUUCUAAAGCAAAUCUUCAGAAAUGGAAAGUGUGUUUGUGUCUUCUAAAACUAACCUGAUCUUGCCGUCUUGAUAAGUUCUAAAUGAAGAAUUGAGUUGGGUGUUGUGGUAAUCGAUUAAGAGCAAGAUGCCUCUAAGCAUCUACAGUUUUGUAUUUAUUUUCUUUUUACUAAGAAGAAUAACCCCCAACUGUCUAAAUAGCAGAAACAUGAGAAUUUAUUUCCUCAUUGUUAAAUUAGCUAGAAUCUUGGGGAUGGUACAUUUAGAAGAUACUUUUUGCUUGGUCUCCCAUAGAGUUUAUCCUUAAAAAACCCUACAAAUAGUACUGAUUGAAAGAAGGUAAAUGGUGGGAUGAAGCCCUCUGUGAUGGUGUCCAACCUAAUAUAAAUGUAAACGUGGGUAGUCUUUAAUGAAGCAGAGUAAAGCCGGUUGUAACCCCAGGCUGACCCUUUAAUAGAACAGUUUGGAUAUUAAUCUGUGUAUUAAAACAAAAGACUAAUAUGUAAUAAGUAAUGAGCAAAUAAAAAAAUAACAAGAUGAUAUUGUUUAUCCAAGAUGGUGAGUUACAAAGAGUUCUUGCAAGGCUAAAGGGCUUUUUGAAAUAUUUUUAUGUGGCCGUUAUACUAAUUUAAAGUUCUGUAUGAACUUGGCCAUUAGUUAUUAAUGGGAACUUCUGUGCUGUCUACACAAGUGUAAGGAAAAUCAGCUCUUCCAGUGUAUGCCAUAAAGCAAGGACUAAGUGACUUGGUUGUCUAUUGUAACUAAUUAGAAAUGCCAUUUUUGGUUUGUUCUUACCUUUCAUAUGCUCAAUGACUGUGCUUUUGCCUAAGUGUUUUAGAUGGCACCUGCAGGUUCUGCUUGUAUAUUCAUGUUUGUUUAGUUUGAUGUGUUUAUCUUUUAAACUUAGAAUUUAGCAAUAAUGUUCUGAAUCCGCAGAGUACACCCAUUCUUGCUUCCCAUUGUGUUUGAAGCAUUCUACUAGGAAAUGUAUUUAGUGUGGCAAAAGAUUGCAGUGGUUUUUUGUGUGUCAUCUCCUGUUGCAAUGUUGAAACUUCUUGCCUAAAUGAAGCCUUCUGAAGCACUCUACUGACAGCUCUGCUGUCUGUAUGUGUGCCUGUAUUGUAGGAGCAGGUGUGGUCUUGAUACAUCAAAAUGUCAUGGGCGUCUUUGAAAUGCAAGUAUUUGUUGCCAAAAGAUCCUUUGCUGGGACUAGCGCUUAAGGACUCGAUGUAUAUAGACUUUUAAUUGUACCUUAACCCCUUGAUCUUCUUGAAAGUCAAGAUUGGGGUGGAGAAUGGCGGUGCUGGCUUGCCUUCAUGGCUGGUUUAGUGCUUCUCUCAGGAGCACCUUGCAAACCUGAAUAUUUAUUAACAUUAUCAUACCUUGAGUAGUAGACACACCUUGAAGUGCUCCUACUCAGCAAGCAAUUUGCAAGGCUCUGGGCCACUACACUGCUAACGACGUUAAUCAAAUCCUUCGAUGGACCACAUGCUGCAACAUUAAUCUUUUGGAGGUCUUGUUUACUGUGUAAACAAGGUAAAGGGAAUCAGAAUGCCUCUCAAUGAUGACCAGAACAGUGACUCAGAUUCUUCACGCCUCUCGGAAAGCACAGCUUCUUCCAGUGACUUGGAAUAUUCCAGGCAGAGCUUUAACAGUGAUUCUUCAAGCAAGCCCAGCUCCCCAGCCUCAGCAAGCCCUCCCAAGGCUAUCACAUUUGAUGAACUGAUGGCAGCUACAAGAAAUCUGUCAAACUGGACUCUAGCUCAUGAAAUUGCUGUAAAUGCAAAUUUUUGCAUAAAACAUGAAGACUACCCACAAAACAGCUUUGCAGGCACAGUGAAACAAAUUGUACACAAGGCAUUUUGGGAUCAUUUGGAAUCUGAACUGAAUGAAGAUCCUCCAGAAUAUGAACAUGCUAUCAAGCUCUUUGAGGAAAUUAGGGAGAUUCUUCUUUCCUUCCUGACUCCUGGAGCAAACAGGAUUCGCAAUCAAAUCUGCGAAGUUCUAGAUACGGAUCUUAUAAGGCAGCAGGCAGAACACAAUGCUGUUGAUAUUCCUGGGCUAGCUAACUAUAUCAUCAACACUAUGGGAAAGUUAUGUGCUCCAAUAAGAGACAAUGAUAUAAAACAGUUAAAAGCAACUGACAAUAUUGUAGCGUUACUGAGACAAAUAUUCCAUGUUUUGGACCUGAUGAAAGUGGAUAUGGCAAAUUACACAAUUAAAAGCCUUAGACCAUACCUCUGGCAUAACUUGGUGGACUAUGAAAGAACAAAAUUCCAGGAAAUUCUUGAAGAAACACCAGGUGCCCUGAAUCUCACAACAGAAUGGAUAAAGGAAUCGAUAGAAGAUGAAUUGUCAUCUGUUUCUGAUGAGUCUUCAUCAUCCCCUGGUGCUGAUAGUAGUUCGAAACCAAUUAUUAGUCCUACACUGGUGCUAAACAAUGGCUACUUGAAACUGUUACAAUGGGAUUAUUGCAAAACAAUUCCAGAGACUCUAAUAACAGAUGAAGUUCGUCUUCAGGAGUUGAGAGAAAAGCUCAAUCAAUUAAAAAUCAUAGCUUGUGUUUCUCUCAUAACAAACAACAUGGUGGGUGCAGCAAUUGUAGAUUUGCCUGAUUUUGCUGACCAUCUGAAAAGGAUCUCCCUUCCUCUUCUUGAAGGCAUGAACAAGAAAAGUUUUGAUUUGAAGGAGGCUCUGAAUGCUAUUGGUAUCCAGAUUUGCAGCACAGUGAACAAGUCUCUAAGUGAAAGAGGUCUUCCCACUCUUAGUGAAGAAAUGCAGAGUAAUUUAAUGGGUCAAAUCGCUCAUAUUGUUGAGAAGAAUAAUCCUGUCUGUUCUUUGAUUGACAAACGAAUCCAGCUCUUCAUGAGAAGCUUGCUUGCUCUUCCCAGUUCUCAGAAGUGUAUGCCUACUAUGCCAGGAGGCCUUUCUGUGAUUCAGACAGAGAUGGAGUUGCUUGGAUCUCAGUAUGCAAGCAUUGUAAACUUCAAUAAAAAAGUGUAUGGGCCAUUCUAUGCAAACAUACUUAGAAGACUGCUUUUUCCUGAGGCAGCAGUGGAGAAAACAGAAGCAGAAACAUCUAGCAAUUAAAAAAUGUACCCUUUUUUUAAUCUUCCAAGACAGUGAGGAAGUCACGCCACUAAGAACAGCCUACUCCAGUGACUGUUGAUGGAAAAAGGUCUUGUAAAAUCUAUACAGAUUGUUUCUGAAAUUCACUGUAAAGAAAUUAAUGUGAAGGUCAUAUAUAUGUAUUUUAAUAGAAAAAUAUUUGUCUAAUGGAUUGUCACAUGUAAUAGCCAGCAAAUUAUUAAUUUCAAUAGCAAACAUUUAUUAUGACUCGCAGUGGCAAAGAGCUGGCAAUGUACUUACUGUUUUGCCACCAUCAAAACAAUGUUAUUUUUCAACUCAAAUAUAUUUACAUAUAGCAAUGCAUAUUACAAAAUGACAAAGCAACUGUAGAUAAAAUGCACUAUGCUUAACAUUGUAUUUUUGUAGAGUAACAUCCCAGACAACAAUUACGUUUCUGAAAAUACUUUGAAGAAAAAAGUAUAGCAUAACUGCUUUAGUAACCAAACCCAGGUUCAUCCUAGGCCAAAUUUGGGUACUCCUGCAAUUACUGGAGCCAGAACUUUGCCUCUGUUACAUUAAGGAAUGCCAGUGUUAUAAGCUGUUUGCAGGAUAGCAGUUACAGAAGCAGCAUUCACCACUUCAAGUAGGAAUCAUUCAGAACUUCUCAACUGUAAUUGAGAUUAACAAUAAACACCUAAGAAACAUGAUGUCUGGGGGGGUGGUGGAGUAAAUUUCUGUAUAUAAUGUUUAUAAACAUUUUGUUUAUUCAGUGGAGGUCAUACAGAUCUUUAAUACGUGUAUGUACUGAUCUUUGAUCUUAAUGGGUGGGUGUUAAGUAUUUUUAAGUUAGGUCUUUCUAACCUUUAUUCCCAAAAGCACUUAAGACUAACCUUACAGUGUACCACAGAACAAGUACCCCUUUCAUGCCCUCAUCCAACAGAAUGUAAGGUUUUCACAAGAUAUUCUUAGGCCUGAAAGCAAGAACCCAAGCAAUUAGUUGGUUUUGAAAAUGUGAUUAGAUUUCACUUUUUCAUGGAGUCUGUGAGAAAUGCUCCUGUUUUCCUCAAAUUCCUUUGGACUGGGCCCCAAUACUUAGUCCCCAUUUAAGGCAUUGGGAAUCUUGCAUACAGAAAAUGAAUAGGAUUGAAAUUGAGAAAUGUGGAAGUGAACUUUUUUAAGUUUACACAGGCUUUAUUUUGCAUAUUUCAGAUUACUGGGAUUACAUAGUGCUGGAGUACAUAUUAUAGACAUGUUCUUGUCUAUGAAAUUGAAUAAUUUACUUGAAAGUGAUAUUUUAAUAUAUUACCAUAUAAUACUCCUUUUAAGAUGUCAUAUAUAGAAAAUCUCAGUGUGGUACAAGUUAGAGCUUGUUUUUAAUAUUUUAUAUUACAAUCUAUUUUUUAUGAAGAGACAAAAAUAACCUGUAAAAGCUUAAUGUGUCACACAAAUUCUUUAUGUACAUUACUGUGUCUAUCAUAAAGGUCUAAAAAAACCUGGGCAUUAUUAGCACUGUGGUUUUGUAGUCCAUUUCUACAGGAUUCUAUACCAUUUAUAGCAAGGGAAAUGACUUCUAUUCAGUUGUUCUUCAGUGUCCAAGGACUUUGGUCACAUGUACAUGUUAAGGAAAACUCUCUUCAAAAUGCCUUUUUAGAGAAAUUUCUCUAGUGCACUUCUGU